AUGAUACAGCUCGCUUUAGCCGCAGCUACGGCAUCACUUGCAGUCACUUGUAGCAUAACGUUUUGUGGAUCGAGAAAGAAGGCAGGAGGCGAAUUUCGACCGCGCGACGACAAUGAAACCAUAAACGAAAUCCAGAGCAACUGGGGUGCUGUUCAAGCGAAAACACCACCCAGAAAAGGAACACCAAGAGGAAAAGGUCAACCAGGACAACCAGCCGGCGCACCAGUUCAGAUACCUGGAUGGCCACCACCUGCUGGAGGAAGACCUCCGGGAGGAGGAAGGCCAGGCGGUUGGCCGCCAGCCGGUGGCCAACCAGGUUGGCCCCCAGCAGGCGGUCAACCAGGCUGGCCUCCAGCUGCAGGUGGUGGUGGACAGCCAGCUCUUUCCAAACAUUUGAAAUCGCUCCGCUUUGAGGAAGGGUUCAUGCAGUUUUCAGGACCUGAAACCUCAAUAUUCGAAGAAGCAGUGCUUGAAAGAAUGUGGCCACUAUAA